AACAACUAUUUGCAUUUUCUCUUUCGGAAUUGAAACCCCCAGUUUCAAUCUUCAUCAUUUUUUAGAACCAACGAUUCGAAAUUUCCCAAACCCCCAGCUUCGUGCACUAACACAGAGUCGUUCCCAAAUCGCCAUCCUAAAUCCCACUUCCAAAUUUGUUCCCAAAUUUGUUUGUUCUUCAAAUACCUGAGGAUUCCGAGUCCCCAAAUCGCGUUUGCAAAACGUGACUCCAAAAAGUUGGGGACUUGAACACUGUUCAACGUUGUUCGCUGCUGCGAGGCCAUUUAGCUUUGGUGGCAAGUUGACUCAAACGGGCAACGCAAGGAAAUCUCCACUAAUUGACCAUUACCAGACAGUGGGAGAGUCCAAGAGGGGAAGCAAUGUCAUGGGUAUUUGUUUAAGUCCGGUUUGUUGUUGCAUCAAUAUGUGAAGAAUGCACUUGUUCACGUGUACUCUAGGUGCUUUCAUGUGGUUUCAGCCUUGCAGAUUUUGGGAACAGUGCCUGGGAAUGAUGUGUUUUCUUAUAAUUCUAUCUUGAGUGCACUUGUGGAAUCAGGGUGUAGAGAAGAAGUUGAAAAGGUUCUGAACAUGAUGGUGGAUGAAUGUGUGUCUUGGGAUGGUGUUACUCAUGUAAAUAUGUUGUGCCUUUGUUCUCGUUUUAAAGAUUUGCAAUUGGGUAUGCAGAUUCAUGCACAGUUGAUGAAGACUGGAUUGGUAUUUGAUGUCUUUGUUAUUAGCACACUGAUAGACAUGUAUGGGAAAUGUUGUAAAGUUCUAAAUGCGAGAAAGCAUUUUGAUGACGUGCAAGAUCGGAAUGUGGUUGCAUGGACUGCCAUGCUGACUGCAUAUUUACAAAAUGGAUAUUUUGAGGAAACUUUGAAUCUAUUUCCAAGAAUGGAGCUAGAGGGUACACAUCCAAAUGAGUUCACUUUUGCAGUUCUUCUAAAUGCUUCUGCAAAUUUGGUUGCACUAACGUAUGGUGAUGCAUUACAUGGUCGUAUAAUGAAAUUAGGGUUUAAGAAUCAUCUCAUUGUUGGAAAUGCUUUAGUAAAUAUGUAUUCCAAGAGUGGCAAUAUUGAUUCUUCAUAUAGUGUGUUCUCAAACAUGAUAUAUAAAGAUGUGAUUACAUGGAAUGCUAUGAUAUGUGGUUAUUCCCAUCAUGGACUUGGUAAACAAGCUUUACUAGUGUUUCAAGACAUGAUGUCUGCUGGAGAAUGUCCAAACUAUGUAACCUUCAUUGGGGUACUUUCUGCUUGUGCUCAUUUGGCUCUUGUGCAAGAAGGGUUCUACUAUUUUGAUCAACUAAUGAAGGAACUUAAUAUCGAGCCUGGAUUGGAACAUUACACAUGUAUGGUUUCUCUUUUGUGUAGGGAUGGUCAACUUGAUGAGGCUGAAAAUUUUAUGAAGGCAAAAACAGAAGUCAAGUGGGAUGUAGUUGCUUGGCGUACUUUGCUUAACGCAUGCCAUGUUCAUCGAAACUAUAAUUUAGGGAAGUUAAUUGCAGAAACUGUGAUACUGAUGGACCCUCAUGAUGUAGGAACAUAUACAUUACUAUCAAACAUGUAUGCCAAGGCAAGGAAAUGGGAUGGAGUAGUGAAGAUUAGAAAAUUGAUGAAGGAAAGGAAUAUUAAGAAGGAACCCGGUGCGAGUUGGUUAGGUAUAAGAAAUGAUACUCAUGUCUUUGUUUCAGAAGGAAGCAAUCAUCCAGAAUCUACUCAAAUCUAUGAGAAAAUUCAAGAGUUGUUAGCAAUGAUUAAGCCACUAGGGUAUGUGCCUGAUGUUGGUGCUGUGCUGCAUGAUGUGGAAGAGGAACAAAAGGAAGGUUAUCUUAGCUAUCACAGUGAGAAGCUAGCAUUAGCAUAUGGCCUCAUGAAAAUACCUCCACCAGGGCCAAUCCGAAUAAUAAAAAACCUUAGGAUGUGUGAUGAUUGUCACAUUGCUGUAAAAUUGAUUUCAAAGGUCACAAAUAGGUUGAUAGUUGUAAGAGAUGCUAACCGUUUUCAUCAUUUUAGAGAUGGAUUAUGCACAUGCAAUGAUCACUGGUAGCAAUGUGAGGAAAUUUUAAUUCAUGUUUGUUUGAAAUCAACAUGGUGUUUUGUGGAGCAUAAAAAAAAGAACUUUGGAUCACAUAUGCAUGCAUUAUUAAGGAUAUCAUUUUAGUCCGAGCAUGUCAAACAACAUGGACAUGUAUUUCCAACAAAAUAGUCACUAUGGUGUUUUGAAGGUAUCUGUAUACCUUGGCCAAUACAAAUUUGAUGGCAUAUUGGCAUAUCUAAAAGAACUUGGUAGGUCUGAAUGUUGGACCAAAAUUGGAAAAGCUUGACCAAUACCAAGUACUUCUCACAUGAAUUUCUUGAUUUGAUUUUACUUCAUAAGAUGAAGUUUUUAAUUUCUUCCAAAAAAGAGAAAAUACUUCUUAAAUUCAGAUUCCAGGUCAGUUUGUUUGUGCUUAUUUGUUUUAAAGUUUUUUUUGCUAAAAAAAUAAAUUGAUGCUUUCUUCUAAUAUGUUUUUCUAAUCUGUUUAUUUUAAAAAUAAGUAGUUUUCAACUAUUUUUAAUGAGUGAAUCUUAUCUACUUAAAUAUGUGAUUUUUAAAAAAAGAUCUUAUUUCAAAAACACUUAUUUUAAAUUUAAACAAACUGGCACAUGAUGAAGUCAGUAUGUUUAAGUGUGCUCAUCUACUAAUUAUUGUUUUCCUUCAAAUUUUAUUGUCAAAAUAUGUUUUUUUCUUCGGCUGAGCAAAAAAUAGAGUAAAUACUCAAUUGUUUCCAAGAUGAGUGGUCUGACAUCUACUGAUUAAAAUUUCCACGUAAAUGAAUCAUUGAGAAAUUUAUCUGCUUAGAUGUAAGUCCUUUAUCUGUAUUUGAUAUUUGAUAUGCAGACAUAGACUUUUCUUUGUAUUUGAUACAAAAGGACUUACUGCAAGCAAAUGAAUUUUUCAAGGACCCAUUUUCUUGAAAUUUUUUAUACUGGAACAUUCCAGUCAGUGCACAAAUUUUUCUUUGUAUUUGAUUCAAAAGGACUUAUAUGUGUCAGGCUUUUUGUCUUGCAUGUCCAAUUGGAACCUUCUUGAUCAAUGCAUAGAGUUUAUUAUCCAAGUGCUUUUGGAUGUGACCCCCAUAAAAGAGAGUUUGUCAAAAAGUUAUUAUGAUGCCAAAAGAUUAGUAUCAAAGCUAGGAUUGGAAGCUAAAGAGUUGAUUGCUGUGGAGAUGGUUAUAUGUUUUUUUUUUUGUCAAUGACUUUUGGAAAACAAGAGGGAAAGUUAGUUAAAUCAAAUUUGUCACACGCCAAGGUAUCAUGAUUGCCACACUGGAACAAGUAACAAAAGACAAGUUCCAGUUUGGGCAAUUUUCUAUUUGCUUAUAGUCCUAAGGUUGCAAAGAAUGUCUGCAUUGUUUCAAACUGCAGGACAAACCAUGAAAAGAGAAGAACCUCAUGAGUGUUAUGCCAUCCAUAUGAUGGCACAACUUGGAAGCACUUUGAUCUAGUACAUCUAGAUUUUUCCAUGAA